AUGUUAAGGCCACGGCGCGGCCCCCUCGGGGGUCGGCGGCCUCCCGGCACCCCAAGCAGCCCGCCGGCGAGGAGGCCGCGACCACGCCGUCAAGCCGGCAUAACUGUACACCUGGUGGCUGCAGCUCUCCUCCUAUCGACAGCAUGCAGCGCGGCAGACCUGCAGGGCCCCGUCUUCUCGGUGGAGCCCCCGCACCGCGCCGCCUUCUCCAACUCGUCGGGGCUGCGGCUGGACUGCAUGGCGACCGGGUCGCCGCCGCCCAGGAUCACUUGGCAGAUCGUGACCGGCACACCGGAGGGCGUUCCCGCGCUGCCCAUCGCCGGCCUGCGACACACGCACCCCAACGGCUCCCUCGAGAUGCUGGCCUUCCCGAUGGAGCUGUACCGCUCCGACGUCCACGCCGUCAAGUACCGGUGCCGGGCCUCCAACCAGGUCGGCGCCAUCAUCUCCAAGGACGUGCACGUGCACGGAGUGGUGAAGCAGGACUACGACGUGCAGGUCUACGACGAGCACGUGGUGGCCGGCAACACGGCCACGCUCAAGUGCCAGGUGCCGCCCUACGUCGCCGAGUACAUCAUGGUCACGUCGUGGGAGGUGGACCAGGUCAGCCUGUACCCGAGCUCCGACGUCGGGGGCAAGCACGUCGUCAUGGCCAACGGGGACCUCUACAUCCAGGACGUGACCAUGGCGGACCGGCACCGGGAGUACACCUGCCGCACGCUGCACCGGCUCACGGGCCAGACCAGGUCCAACCGCGUGCCCGGCAGGAUCAUUGUCACAGAGCCGAAGGGUAGCGCGCAGCUCCGCCUCAACGUGGAAAAACACCAGAGACUCGUCGGCAAAGUGGGGGAGGAGGUGGUACUGCCGUGCCUCGCCCAGGGACACCCCGUGCCCACGUCCAAGUGGACCCGCGAGAAGGAGCCGGGCAAGCCGCCCAAGAACCUGUCGGUGAUGGAGCUGGUGCAGCCCGACGACCGCGUCAACAUCCUGGCGGGCGCCAUGCGCCUCAAGAAGGCCCGCCUCAUGGACACGGGCAUGUACGUGUGCGGCGUGGCCAACAGCGCGGCCGAGGACUACACCGUCAUCACGCUGCAGGUCACAGCGCCGCUGACGGUGCACGUGUCACCGCCCUGGCAGGAGGUGUCGACGGGGUCCGAGGCGACUCUGGAGUGCAGCCUGGCCGGCACGCCCGUGUACGACGUCAAGUGGCUGCGCGACGCCGUGCCCGUGCAGGCCGGCCCGCGCGUCUCCAUCUUCACGCCGCCCGUGGAGGCGGCCGUCGGCCCCGGCGCCGUCAUCGGGCCCAGGGUGAGCCGCCUCAAGAUCAGCGCCGUCAACAAGGAGGACCGCGGCAUGUACCAGUGCGUCGCCAGCAACGACCACGACAUGGCGCAGGGCACCUCGGAGCUCAAGCUGGGAGACGCGGUGCCCGAGCUGGUGUACUCGUUCUCGGAGCAGACGCUGCAGCCCGGCCCCGCCGUGUCCCUCAAGUGCAUGGCCGUGGGCAUCCCGCCGCCGCAGUUCUCGUGGACGCUGGACGGCUUCCCGCUGCCGGAGAGCCAGCGCUUCCUGGUGGGCCAGUACGUCACCAUCCACGACGACGUCAUCAGCCACGUCAACAUCACGGGGGUGCGCGAGGAGGACGGCGGCGAGUACACGUGCACCGCGAGGAACUCGGUGGGCUUCAAGGCGCACUCGGCGCGCGUCAACGUGUACGGCAAGCCGUACAUCCGCGAGAUGCCCAGGAUCACGGCGGUGGCCGGCAAGGACCUGGUCAUCAAGUGCCCCGCGGCGGGCUACCCCAUCGAGACCAUCACGUGGGAGCACGACGGCGCCAUGCUGCCGGUGACGCGGCGCCAAAAGGUGUUCGGCAACGGCACGCUGGUCAUCCAGCAGGCCCGGCAGAGCGAGGACCAGGGCACGUACACCUGCCAGGCCGUCAACCGCCAGAAGCACACCGCCCGCAGGGACGUCGAGGUGUCCGUGCAGAUCCCGCCGCGGAUCAUGCCCAUCCUGCCGCUGAACCUGAGCGAGGGCAUGCGCGCGGCCAUCGGCUGCCAGAUCCUGGAGGGCGACCAGCCCGUGAGCUUCCGCUGGGAGCGCGAUGGGCGGCCGCUGCGGAUGCAGGCCCAGGACGGCGCCUACACGCGGCGCCACGACGAGUUCUCCUCCGUGCUCGUCAUCGAGCGCGUGGCCGCCAAGCACUCCGCCAACUACACGUGCGUCGCCAGCAACGUGGCCGGCCCCGACCGCUUCACCGUGCCGCUCAUCGUCAACGUGCCGCCCCGUUGGCUGGUGGAGCCCUCCGACACGUCCGCGUCGGCGGGCCAGGACGUGUGGCUGCACUGUUCGGCCGAGGGGUCGCCGCCGCCCUCCGUGCUGUGGAAGAAGGCGGUGGGUUCGCUGCCCGGCGAGUACCGCGACCUGGCGCUCUUCGACCACCACGUCAACCUGAUGCCCAACGGCACGCUGCACUUCGUGCGCAUCUCCAAGGAGAGCGAGGGCCACUACAUGUGCGAGGCGGGCAACUCGGUCGGCUCCGACGUCAGCAAGGUCGUGUUCCUCAAGAUCAACGCGCCGGCGCAUUUCGCCAGCAAGUGGCGCCAGGUGCAGGUGGAGGUGGCCAAGGGGGAGGCGGCGCGCCUGCAGUGCGCCUCCACGGGGGACACGCCGAUCGACAUCCAAUGGCGUCAGGCCGGCCAGCGCCUGGCCGUGGACACGGACCACAGGCUGACCCUGAGGGAACACCCGAUGGACGGCCACGGCGGCCAGGUGUCAGAGCUGACCAUCGAGCGCACCACGAGGCACGACUCGGCCACCUUCACCUGCAGCGCGACCAACGCGUACGGCCAGGACGAGAUGACCAUCCAGCUGGUGGUGCAGGAGGUGCCCGAGAUGCCGCAGAACGUGCGCGUGACGGAGCAGCAGAGCCGCAGCGUGCAGCUGGCAUGGCCGCCGCCGUACUCCGGCAACUCGCCCAUCUCCGCCUACAUCCUGCAGUACAAGCUGGUCUCAGAACCCUGGCCGACGAGCCCCAUGCGCACGACGGUGUCCGGGACGCAGGCAAGCGCCACGCUGGGAGGGCUCAGCCCCGCCGCGUCGUACCACGUCCGCAUCCUGGCCGAGAACCGCCUGGGCCUGAGCGAGCCGUCCGAGGCCAUCCAGGUCACCACACAGGAGGAGGCGCCCAGCGGGCCGCCACAGGCCGUGCGGGCCGAGGCGCGCUCCAGCACCGAGCUGGUGGUGACAUGGGAGCCGCCGCCCAGGGAACUCUGGCACGGCUCGCUGCACGGCUACUACGUCGGCUACACGCAAGUGACCGGCAUGGCGUCCACGGCCACGGACCGGCCCACCCGCGACCAGUACAUGCUCAAGACCGUGGAGGUGGGCUCCCAGUUCGGCGGGGAGGCGUCGCUCAUCGGGCUGGCCAAGUUCACCGCGUACAACGUGAUAGUGCAGGCGUACAACAGCAGAGGGGCGGGGCCGACAUCGGAACCAGUCACUGUCCGCACCAUGGAGGACGUGCCGUCGAUGCCACCGGAGAGCCUCAACUGCAGGCCGACGUCGGUGCAGGAGCUCCAAGUGAACUGGCAGCCCCCGCCGGAGGAGGGCCGCAACGGGGAGAUCCAGGGCUUCAAGGUGCUCUUCCAGCCCACGGAGGAGUGGUACGACAAGGACAGCCCCGACGUGAAGGUGACCUCGUCGACGUCCACCACGCUGCUGGGCCUGCUCAGCUUCACCAACUACAGCAUCGUGGUGCUGGCUUUCACGGGCUCCGGCGACGGCGUGCGUACGUCGCCCAUCUUCUGCCGAACGGACGAGGACGUACCGUCCGCGCCGGCAGACAUCAAGGCGUUGACGGCGUCCCCCAACACGGUGCUGGUGGCCUGGCUGCCGCCGAGCCGCCUCAACGGCGUCCUCAUGGGCUACAACUUCUACUGGAACGCGACCCGCGACGACGGCAAGGAGAGCACGACGCACUCCACGCAGCUCGGCGCCGCCACCGAGACCCACGAGGUGCAGCGCCUGUCGCCCAGCUCCACGUACAGGUUCUGGGUGACGGCGAGCACGCGCGUCGGCGAGGGCGAGCGCAGCAAGGCGGCGACCGUCAAGCCCAACGGCAGAGUGCCGGCCCGCAUCGCGUCCUUCUCCAGGACGCUCAUCUCGCCCUGGAAGCGCAACGUGUCCCUGGCCUGCUCGCACGUCGGCUCCCCCGCGCCCACCGUGUCCUGGAGGUUCAACGGCAGGCCGCUGGACCCGGCCGUCACCAGGAUUCAGGUGAACGGGAGCGGCCUGCAGGUGAAGGAUGUGCAGCACUUGGACCAGGGCAACUACAGCUGCGCCGUGGAGAACCCCCACGGCAAGGACGAGAUCACUUACUCCCUUGUCGUGAGAGUCCCUCCAGGGCCGCCGACACUGUACAUCCAGACGUCCGACGCCGACAGCCUGCACCUGCACUGGGCGGACAGCGAACCCGGGGUCCCUGUCCUGGGCUACGUCAUCAACUACAAGCGCGAUCACGGCGACUGGGAGGAGCUGCAGCUGGAGUCCAAGAUCGACAGCUUCGUGCUGCGCAACUUGCUGUGCGGCAACCGGUACCAGCUGUACAUGACGGCCUACAACCGCAUCGGCACGGGGCUGCCCUGCGACAUCGUGCACACCGCCACGCGCGGAUCAGUGCCCGUGACGCCGAGCCAGGCCGCGCUGCUGACGGUCAACUCGACGGUGGUGACGCUGUGGCUGGACGCGUGGGCGGACGGCGGCUGCCCCAUCCAGUACCUGAUCGUGGAGUACCGCGAGGCGGAGGACGACCCCUGGCGCCUCGUCUCCAACCACGUGCUGCCCGCCGAGCGCGCGCGCUCCGUGGCCGACCUCACGCCCGGCUCGCGCUACCAACUGCGCGUCACGGCGCACAACAGCGCCGGCUCCGUCGGGGCCGUCUACAACUUCACCACCCUGUCGCUGGCCGGCGCCCCGAUCCCGCUGCCGCCCGACGAGGACUACCCCUCGCCGACGGACGACCCCGCCGGCUACGCCUUCAACUUGCGGGUGAUGCUGCCCGUGGUGCUGUGCACGGCCACCGUGGUGGUGCUGGGCUACGCGGGGAUGCGCAUCGGCAAGCGAAAGCUGCAGGCGCGCGCCUUGCAGCACGAGCAGUCCUCGCGGUACGGCCCCGGCCACGGCCCCGUGGGGGAGUCGCCCAGCCUGGCGCAGCUGCAGAACCAGCAGAACAGGGACCAGCACUACCUCGCGCUGCCCGCGCCCAAGUACUCCGAGACCAGUACCUACAAGACUGUCGAGUCCUCAGACUACAUCAAGGACAUCUGCCCGUACGCCACCUUCCAGCUGAACGCGACGGGCCCCACCUCCAAGACGUACAGCGACGCGGGCUCGACGUGCUCCUUCUCGGGCAACAUCUACUCGGGGCCGUACCACUCCGUCAGGGGCUCCUUUGUGUACCACGACGGCACGGACACCUACAAACUCAGACAUCAGAAGGAGCCCGAGUACACUAAAGUCCGGCGGAAAAAGAGCAAGCUACGUGACCCGCACUCCGAGAGCCAAGAGUCGGACAACCUGGGCAGCACGGACUCGGAGGUGAAGAAGAUCCUGUCGCUGCACCUGCCCAUCUCCGAGUACGACACGCUGGGCAGCGACACGGAGGGCAGCAGCCAGCAGCAGGAGAUGGCCAGCUUCCGGCACCGCGUCCCCCGCGGCGCCAGGACGCCCCGCGGCUCCGUCGUGCCCUGCAAGGAGAGCACCAGCUCGUCGGAGACUUCGCCCGUGGACCCUCGCAAGCAGGGCAAGCAGUUCCAGCCACGCAAGUCCAAGAGCAAGGGGCAGCUGUCGGGCAAGCGCCACGUGCGCUCCAGCUCGGGCUACUCCAGCCACACGGAGGAAACCACCUUCAGUUCCGGCCGAUGUCACAGUUUCAGCGACCGGAUCCAGCCGCCGUCGCGGUUCUCCGACUCCAGAUCGCACUCGCACUCGAGGGACUUGUCGGAGACGGAGAAGGACGUGGAGCCGAAGCGGCGGUCGUCGCGGUCCUCCGUGCCCUCCAGGGCCGCCCGGGACGGCAUCCGCGACCCCGCCGCCGCCUUCCAGAUAGACGUAUAGCGACGGCAUUUGGGGGGACGCGGGCCGCCUCUCUGACGGAGGCCCGGACCGAGAGGACCGAGAGGACCAGGACCUCCAUCGCCGCGGUCCGCGCCCGCCCCACCCAAACACACCCAAGUGUCUUCCUCAUUGGAAAGGGUUUAACAAUUUCCUCUAGCCUAAAUUGUUCUUCCAGUGUAAUUGCCAAAUUGUUGAUAUUUUGUUGCCAAAAAGUGCUUUUUAUCAAAACAGGUGCGCACAGUAACGUACGGUCCAACGGUUCUUCAAAUGAGAAAGACCAAAGGAAACCCCUUGAAAAGAUUCUUUCUUCGUGGCCAAAUUUUGACUGUGCGUUGUUUAGAUUAGCAGAGACUGAAUUCUGAAAAGUACAUAAGUCUUCAAGAGAUCAAGUCUUGUUCCUAUUGCUUUGCCUAACUGUGCAAGGGUCAAAGAGGUGACUGACACUCUCUUGCCCGGGCCAAAGUAUGUGCGCCGCAAAAUGCACAAAAAAGCUGAAAUAACUCUUAUGUGAUGUCAAUUAUUCAUAUAUGAAAAUCAUAUCACAUAACUAGGUAGUUAAGAUUUUUUAAAAUACAAUUACUCUCUGCAAUGCAAUGAGAUACAUACUCGAGUGUUUUUCCAUCUACUGUUGUUGGCUGUUAUUCUUAUCUGGUUUAUUGUCAGACUUUUUAGCCUUCUGUGGUCUGCUGGAUAUUUUAUGGUUUUGUUAGAGCCCCUUUCUUACAAGGUCAUGCAAAGUCUUCCUAGAGCGAGUCCUUCUACGCUCAAAGUUGCAUGUGAGAAAAGGUUUGAUGCACAAAGAUAAUGAUGGAGGAAAUGUUGAAUUUAAAUAAAUCAAAUCUACCAUAUCGAUUUGAAUGAACAUAUUAUUAUGUAAAUAAUAGAUUCUUUAAGUACUUGUAAAGACAAUAUUUUAAUUGUAUUGUAAGAGGUGCCAUUGGAGUAAUUUGUUGUCGUUCUAGGAGCCCUGCAAUAUGAUGCAAUUUGUAAUUUGUGUUUGAAAAUUCUUAUUGUGCCUUCAUUCUUUUAAUUUUAUUAUAAUCUGUGGGGGCUGAUGGUAUUGAACUGUAAAUAAAAAGAAGAUGCUAAAUUUUUGUGUCCACGUUUCUUGUUAAAUAUGUUACAGCCAAAUUGCAGUUUAUGUGUCAUUGUUUAUCAUGCAAUGCAUGCUGUUUCUUUUUAUGAAAUUACCUGGCUGGAGUAUUGAAAAAUACUUACCAUGUAUGUCAAUGAACAAUAAAUUAAUUUUUACGAAACUA